AUGUCAGAAUCAAUUUUGGAAGUUGCACCUAUUCAAAUUACAGUAGGCCCUUCUACUACUAGAGAGGAGCAUCAUGUAAUAUAUAAACAAGUGGACGCAGCAGAGCAAUUACAACAACAACAGGCAAUCGAUGAUUCAAAGAGAGUUUCAAAUACAUAUGUUUCACCUCCAUCUUCACCUUCACAAGAAUCUAUUCGAUCAUUAAAAACAAAGGAUUGUAAUGUUAUUAUAAAAGUUUUUGAGGCAAGAGCUUUACCAGAAGCCAGAACAAGAAAAAAGGAUCCAAAGAAUAACAAGAGUUUCAAGAGAGCACAAAGCUUAUUGUCAGAGAUUUCAUCACCUAAUCUUAUGACUUUUUCCGAUACAACCGAUCCAUUUUGUCUCGUUCAAAUCGAUAAACAAAGACAAAGAACUAGAACCAUCCCCAAAAAAUUAAAUCCCUUUUGGUGUGAAGAAUUUACAAUGGAAGUAGUUGAUGUUAAUACAGAUAAAAUAUUUGUUACAGUUAUCGAUGAGAAAAAAUAUACAAAUGAUGAUCAUAUUGGAAAGUUGAUGAUUCCACUCAAUACUUUAAAGGAUCAAAAGGAACGUGAAAUGUGGUUCCCUCUUCAAUCACCAUUGUCAACCAAAAAAGUACCACAAGUUCAAAUAUUAUUUACAUUUAAACCAAUCUCUCUUACUGAUCCAAAUACUCCUGGUUUACUUUGUUGGAAAAUGAUGUGUGGAAGAAAUUUAGGAGGAUCAUCAAAUGUAGUUGGACAAGAUAAUAAUACACCAUUUGUAAAUUGGAGUGUAAGAUCGAAAAAGGGUGAAACCAUUAUCGAAGAAGAAAAUAUUAGUUGGUAUACGGCAGUUGUCAAGGGUGUUGAGCGAGAGCUAACAGAAUCGAUUGACUGUGUCCAAUUUACAUUGUGGAAAUAUGAAGCCAAGCAAUCAUUGCUCGAGACUGCACCAUUGUCUGCUCGCAGUCGCUCCACUUCUGGUGUUAUCACCGAUAGUUCACAACAACAACUCACAAAAUCACCAGAAUUAAAAUCACGUUCACACUCAUCGGCUGCCAACAAUCCACCAGAGCGUCUUCUCACCUCUGCACUUUCACAGAGCAGCAUCCAAACCACGUCGGGGUCGUCUAGCAUGAGCAGCGGCACCGCCCCCAUUCUUUCCCAAUCGACAUCACAACCCACCCUCUCCACCAACACGGCCGCCGCCGCACCAAACCAUCACCAUCUGAUCCCACUCCCCAAAAAUCAGUCGGAGCGAUUUGGAGACGUACGUCUCAAGCUAAAGUACACCGAAGAGGUUGUACUUCCAUUAGAGUCGUACCAACCUCUGCUCAGCCACUUGCAACAAGAGGAUAUGAGUGCAGUGCACAUCCUCGGCAACAUCACCAAGCAGCGUGAGGCAGUUGCCAACAAUUUGAUCCGUGUGUUUGAAAAGACGGGUCAUUGUCUCAGUCUGCUCAAGAGUCUUACCGAGCACGAGAUUGACACGACCGACAACCCCGACAUUAUCUUCCGUGGCAAUUCACUCGCCACCAAGAGCGUCGACCUGUACAUGAAGCUCAUCGGGCUGCCCUACCUUGCCAACACGAUCGGUCCCCUCAUCAAAAAGAUAUACGUUUCGAAAAAGUCAUGCGAGAUUGACCCCACCAAGUUGGAAAAGGGCGAAGACGCCAAAAAGAAUGCCAAGAAUCUGCUGUCGUGGGUCAAAAAGAUGGUGUCGGCCAUCCUCGCCUCGGCCGACCAAUGUCCGGGUCCGUUGCGCGAGAUCUUCCUCGCCAUCCAGACCAAGGUCAAGCAGCGCUACGCCGUCGACCACAUCACCCAAUACACAGCUGUCAGUGGUUUUAUUUUCCUUCGUUUCUUUUGUCCGUCGAUUCUGGCACCCAAGCUUUUUGACUUGAUGCCAGACCAUCCGGGCAUAAAGACCACACGUUCACUGAUCCUCAUUGCCAAGACACUACAGAACCUUGCCAACUUGGUCGAGUUGGGUGUCGACUACAAAGAAGACUUUAUGCGCGACAUGAACAGAUAUGUCAUGGACAAUAUGGAUGGCAUGAAAACAUUUAUCAAUUCCCUUGCGACAGUACCUGCCACCUGUCCGCCAGGUCAACUCUUAAAUCCAAUCAACCUCGAAAAGGAAUUGGCUUGCUUGUAUAGACAUUUAAUUAAACAAAAAGAUGAAAUGUUGUCCGAUGUUAGAGAAAGAAAUAAUCCAACCGAAAUUCAAUCAAUGUUGGUUUUGGAUACAAUUCUCGAAAAAUUAGAAAAACAAGUUCAAUAUGCUUCAACUUUGUAA